AUGUCGACUGAUAAGAUCACCUUCCUCACCAACUGGCACGCCACCCCGUACCACGCCCCCCUGUACCUGGCUCAAGCCAAGGGAUACUUCAAGGAAGAGCGCAUCAAGGUUGCGCUUCUCGAGCCCAACGACCCCAGCGAUGUCACCGAAAUCAUUGGCUCCGGCAAAGUCGACCUCGGCUUCAAGGCGAUGAUUCACACCCUUGCCGCCAAGGCUCGCCACUUUCCCGUCCUCUCAAUCGGCAGUCUUCUUGAUGAGCCGUUCACCGGCGUCAUCUACCUGAAGGACUCCGGAAUCACCACCGACUUCCGCACCCUGAAGGGCAAGCGCAUCGGCUAUGUCGGCGAGUUUGGCAAGAUCCAGAUCGACGAGCUGACCUCGCACUACGGCAUGAGCCCCGACGACUACACCGCGGUUCGCUGCGGCAUGAACGUCUCCAAGGCCAUCAUCGAGGGCACCAUCGAUGCCGGCAUCGGUCUGGAGAACGUCCAGAUGGUUGAGCUCGAGGAGUGGCUCGCCUCUCAGGGCCGUCCCAAGACCGACGUCCAGAUGCUCCGCAUCGACGAGCUUGCCGAGCUGGGAUGCUGCUGCUUCUGCACCAUCCUCUACAUCGGCAACGAGACCUUCAUUUCCGAGAAUCCGGAGAAGGUCCGCAAGUUCAUGAAGGCGGUCAAGCGCGCCACCGAUUUCGUGCUCGAAAAGCCCGAGGAGGCUUGGAAGGAGUACGUCGACUUCAAGCCCGUCAUGGGCUCGGAGCUCAACCGCAAGAUCUUCGAGCGCAGCUACGCCUACGUCUCGCACGACUUGAAGAAUGUCCAGCGUGACUGGAACAAGGUCACCAAGUACGGCAAGAGACUUGGCGUUCUGGAUGAGAGCUUCCAGCCGAACUACACCAACGAGUUCCUGGGAUGGGCUUUUGAUGCUGACUCUGAGGACCCCACUGGGGAUCAGAAGAGAAUGGUUGAGCUCCAGAGUGAUGUCGCCUGCCGGGGCGGAUUCAGACGCCUCCAGCUCCAGGGCUCUGCGAUCAAGGCUUAA